UUGAAUGAAAAAGAAAAAUGAAUUCUAUUACAAAUAAGUAAGUGCUGACAGCUAAAAUUGCAAAUUAGAUGUUUGAUGAGAUGAUGUAGUUUUAGCUAGUUUACUUCCGCAAACCUCUUAUUAGGAAGUAAAAUAUCAAAACAUCAAUAAGGCCAUACCAAAUUGAUUUGUCGUUCGUCGGAACUACCGCAUAAAUGAUUUCAUUCCCGAGAAAAAGGAAAAAAAUUCACACGCCCGCACGUACAUAAAAAUCGCCGAAAAAAAUUGUUUUUCUGAUUACGCGGUCCAGAAUGAUAACGGUAAAACAGGUUUUAUCGCCGUUUUAAUGCGUCAAAGUGAUAUUGAUCGGAAUCCAUGCGUUCGUAAUACAUGUAGCUGAUGACACAAACUCAAAAAGUCAGGAGUUAUGGUGUUGUUCGUCAUUUGUUUUAAAUCUAGAAUGUCUGUGCUAGUGCCACACAUGGCCUUCGCUGUGCCGGUAGGUGGUGAAGUAGGCACGUUCUACGAUUGAUCCAUCAUAUUAAUUGUCUCUGGCCCAAAUCGUUUUGAACGUAACUUCUUUAGUACGGCAGUCAGAUAUUCUAUCAAAAUGCAUAUAUUCAUUUUUAAAAAAAUGUCUAGCUUUUCAAAUAAGCAGUGUAGAUAUAAAGAAUAAUUUCUGUCGUAUUGUAACCCCAAUUUUCCGUUUGUAUAUCAGGUCUGGUCCUCCAGCACUUUUCACGCAAGAAGAAGAGGCUAGGCUUGCAGAUCACCUUAAAUUCACAGCUUCUGUUGGAUAUGGUUAUAGCAGAUCUGAAGUUCUUGAUAUCGCAGCAGAGUACGCCAUUGCUCUUGGUCACAGAGAUAAGAGCAACCCACUUAGUUUCCGUUGGUAUGAGGGGUUCAAGUCACGCUGGCCUGACCUUAACUUGAUUAAGCCCAGAGGUCUUGAAAUAAAGCGAGCCAAGGCUACCACUGUUGACUGUGUGAGGAACUACUACAAAGAGCUGGGCAGAAUACUUACCAAGUAUGAUCUCAAUGACAAGCCCGAACGCAUCUACAAUGUUGAUGAAAAAGGUCUCUCAACAACCCAUAAGCCACCACAAGUAAUUGCUGGAAGUGGAACAAAGCCACCAAGCAUCACAUCCAAUUCUCGGGUCACAGUGACAGUCCUUGGUUGUGGUAAUGCGUUGGGAUACCAGGUACCACCUUUCUUUUUCUAUUUCCUGGCACACGAAUGAGACAGGAGCUUCUUGAAGGCAAGAUUGCUGGUGCUAAUGGUACUGUCUCAGAGUCUGGCUGGAGCAAUAGUGAGGUCUUCCAGCAAUACAUGGAAACACACUUGAUGAAAUACUUACCUGAACGUAAUGAUGAUCUUCCGGUUCUGUUGCUCUUUGACGGACACAGGUCACAUGUGAAUUUGAAUCUGAUUGAAUGGGCUAGGAAUCAGCAUAUUAUAUUAUAUGUACUACCCGCACACACUAGCCAUGUGCUCCAGCCAAUAGAUGUAGGAUGCUUUGGUCCAUAUGAGAGAAUUUUCAAUGAAUUAUCACAUAGGUAUAUGCGUGAACAUUGUGGACAGUCCAUCACAAAGUACAAUAUAUGUUCUAUUGGAUGUGCAGCUUACACAAGUGGUCUGUCUGUUGCUAAUCUUCAGUCUGCUUUCCAAAAGUCUGGUGUAUAUCCCUUUAAUCCAGAUGCUGUUGAUUGCUCUAACUUUAAAGUAGCAGAAGUGCAGGAGCAAGAAAAUCUAGAAGAUGCCACUUCCUGUCAUCAAGAGGAGCUAAAUGACAUGCCAUGUGAUGAUACAUCAGCUGCAUUCUUCAGUGUAAAAGAAAAACCACUAAAGACCAAAAAAAGACAAACAAAAAAGAGAAGACUUGUGUCAUAUAUUGUUAGUGGGCAAGCAAUUACUGAGGAAGUUAUAAUAGAUAAAAUCAUAGAACACCAACAGGCAGUAAACCCACGCAAAAAAUCAGCACAGGCCCCUCUGCCUGGCCCAUCUGGACUGAAUCAUGCAAAACGAGCCAACAAGACUGCCUCUAAGAAAAGCAAAAUCCCGUCUCCUGCUGCAUCAUUAUCAUCAGAUGAUGAUUAGGAUGACAAGUGCUGU